AUGAGUGCAGCCAUUUCUCUUGCUCCUUCACCUUCACCGCGGACCUUCGCCCCGUCUCCGCAGCCACAGAACCCCAUUUCCCUACGGCUAUACAAGGUUCUAGGCGCUAGCUUCGAGGAUGAGAACACCAAAGAGGCGCUACGCACUCUUGCCGACUUCUACACAUCCAAACCCGUUGGCCAUACGAAGGGUAAGCAGGUGAACCGCGAUGCACACGACCCGGAACAAGACGAAACGGAAGAUAUCGACCCUAACAAGGCUUUAAUUAAGCCUGCGAUUAACGGGCCAGUCUCUGCCGAGGCAUGUCCUGGGGAGAUUGCCGCAAGGGCGCGCAAACAGCUCCGCCGGGAUGUAGAGAGCAAGCUAGCAGAAUCUAGUCGCAAAUUCUUGAAGGCCUUCGGUGAGGUAGACAAGCAAUUGGAUACCUUGCAAAAUUUACUUGGUUCUAUGCGCAUACGAUGUGACGAGGCACAAAUGCAAUUGGAGGAGACCAGUGGAGCGUGCAAAUCCCUUCUCGACCGGGCGGGCAGCCUACGCGAAGAAAGACAGACAAUAGCUGCCCGACAAUCCAUCAUCUCUUCAUUCCUCGGAAGGUUUACCCUUGACGAGGAGGAAAAAGAGGCCCUUAGUCUGAGGGAUGUUCCUGUGGGUCAGCGGUUCUUCUCAGCUAUGGACAAGGCAGAGCAUAUACGGAACGACUGCCGUGUCCUAAUGAUCAGCGAAGACGGUCCAACUAAAGCAGGCGUGGAUAUCCUGUCAACUAUAUCAGGAUAUCUCGAGCAGGCAUAUCAAAAGAUAUUUCGCUGGUGCGGCUUUGAGUUCCGGCAGAUGGGGCGAGAUACACAGCUCGAGGUGAAUCCGUCAAUGUGCGAGGCCGUACGAAGACUGCGCCAGCGUCCUGAGCUCUUGACGGAGGCUCUGACUUUUCUAUCCCAAACUCGACAAACGGCGCUCCUAUCUGCUUUCACAAACGCGCUCACGCGGGGUGGACCAGGCGGCUUACCACGCCCGAUUGAACUACACGCUCAUGAUCCCCUCAGGUAUGUGGGCGAUAUGCUUGCUUGGGUGCAUCAGGCGAUUGCGGCGGAGCGCGAGUUUUUGGAAAGCUUGUUCGGAGUACGAGGUGAUGGCCGGAUGGUUGGUAGUGUGAGAAGGUUUAGGGACAGUGUAGAAGAGGAGUGGAUGAGCGAAUUGAUGGAUGCAGCGGUUGGGAAACUGUGCUCGCCGCUGAAGAUACGAGUGCAACAAACGGUCAAGUCGCAAGAGAGCGGCAUUACUUCGUACAAAAUCGCGAACCUACUACAAUUUUAUCUGCUGACCAUGCAACGGACGAUUGGCGAGGAUGCAGUUCUUUCGCGGACAUUGAAGGAGAUGACGGACACAGGUUAUCAAAUUUUCUUUGAUGCUAUCGAGGCACAAAGCCGUUCUCUACUCCGUGCAGCGCCAGAUGUAGACGAUAUGAGCGUAUCCCCUCCGCUGCUAAUUUUAGAUCACACCCAAGUCCUGCGUGAAAUCAUGGUUGUAUACGAAUCAUCUCUGCUCGGCGACGAGACGCAAGAGCAAAUUCUCUCCGGAUUCCGAGAUAUCCUUGAUAGAAUGAUGGACCCUGUCAUAGAGAUGUGCUUGACGGGAUCCGAGCAAAAGAAAGGGAUGCGCCCAGAGUGGGAUAGGGCGGUAUUUGUAUUGAACACGUUAGGUUACUUGCAGAGCGUCAUGGAGCCGUUCGCAUUUACGGUGGAAAAGCAAGAUGUCAUUCAGGGCCUAGUCGAGGCGAAAGUAUUGCAGUUGACGGAAGAACAUUACAACAUAGUUCUGCGAGAAGCAGGAUUGGACGAGGCCAUCACGGUAAUCGAAGCUCAUCAGGCAAGCGAACCGCUUUCGCGUGUCCCGGCUACACAACCUACACGCUUGCAGGGAGCCUUGCGCAAAUUUUCGCUAUGGCUGUCGGGGCUGGAGGUGGUGGACUCACCCCGUUUGUCUCGACUGAUGGUACAGGGCAUAGCAGUCCGGAUUCACCAGGCUGCGCUAGAACGGGUGGCAAGUGCGUACCAGCGGCUGUGCGAGGAGGUGCGACGGCCAGAGAACAGAUACGAGGCGGCGGCGACGCUAUUGGGCAGCGAACGGCCAUUUGGGCAGGUUCACCUGCUCUGGCAGAUAUUCGGGUUGCAGCCUGAUCAGGACUGA